UCAACUUUCCCAUACAAAGCAUACGCUUUCAAAAUGUCUGGCGUCAAUCCCAGUGUCACUCCUCCCUCUGAGCAGCCCGAUGGUGGGCUUUCAAGUCAAGGUAACGAGCCUGGUAUUCUGCCUCCCCAGCACUGGGCGCAGGUGGCCGAAGAACUUGGGGCGGAAGAUGAUGCAGAGUCUUCGCUUGGGGACGAUGCUGCCUCGUCAACAGCAUCAAUCACAUCGAGUAUUCUGGAAUACAGAACAAUCCAGGGUCGCACGUAUCACAGGGAUAUUGGCAACGCCCAGUACUGGGGCACAAAUGAUGAGCGCCAAAAUGAGUCCAUGGACGUCAACCACCAUGUCCUGACACUCGUUCUGGACGGCGCCCUCCAUCUUGCACCUAUCCCUAAGGAUAUCAAGAAAGCAGUUGAUAUUGGAACAGGAACAGGGGUUUGGGCAAUUGACUUCGCCGAACAGUACCCUUCGGCGCAAGUCAUUGGAACCGAUAUUUCGCCUAUCCAACCCAGUUGGUUGCCACCAAACUUGGAAUUCCAAAUCGAUGACUGCACCCAGGAAUGGACAUUUGCCCCAAACUCCCUGGACUACAUUCAUAUUCGCUGGCUAGUCGGUAGCAUUGUCGACUGGCCACGUUUGUUCAAACAAGCGUACCGAUGCCUAAAACCAGGCGGAUACCUGGAAAGCAACGAGGCGCUGUCGAGGAUGGACUGUGACGACGGGACCAUUCAUGAGAAGAGCGCGAUGCACCAGUGGGGAAAGUUCUUUGUGGAAGGUGGCAAGAAAAUCGGCCGGUCCUUUACCAUUGUAGAAGAUGGUGUGCAGAAGAAGGCCAUGGAGGAGGCUGGGUUUGUUGGUAUCAAGGAGCGUGAUUUUAAAGUGCCGAUUGGUGCAUGGCCAAAGGAUCCAAAGCUCAAAGAGAUUGGAAAGUAUGCUCAGGCAACUCUUGAGCAGGACAUUGAAGGCUAUGUCCUCUUCAUGGCCAACACGGUGGAAGGGUGGACGAAGGAGGAGAUUGAAGUCUACAUCUCGCUGCUUCGUCGCGAGCUUCGGGCGGGUAAAAUGCACCCGUAUUACCUCCAGAAGGUUGUUUGGGCCCAAAAGAUGUAGAUUUAUUGGA